AUGACAUUUAAAAAGCAUAUACAAGAAUUAUCAAGAAAAUGCGAAACAGGCAUCAAUAUACUUCGUAAAAUAACAAAUACUAAAUGGGGAGCACACCCAGAGACAUGUCUUUUACUGUACAGAAAUUUGAUUAGAACUCAAAUAGAUUACGGAUGCUUUAUAUAUGGUCAAACGUCAAAAAGUGAACAAAAUAAACUUGAUAAAAUUCAAUAUUCCGCAAUAAGAACAUGCAUAGGGGCAUUUAGAUCAACACCGACAAAUGCGUUAUUAACAGAAGCAGGAGAACCUCCUCUGAGCAUAAGAAGAGAAAUUCUAGCAAACAGAUUCUUGAUGAAAAAACUUAAUGGAUCAUGUAAAUUAUUACCCAAACAGUUAGAAAAUCUAGCAAGAUUACAUUACUCCACACGCUACUGGACAAACAAACCAGCUCCAUCACUAAUAAAUAGUUUUUAUACAAUUAAACCUCACGAAGAGAACAUCAUAAUCAAUGAUAAAACUCCAUAUUACAUCUACCCACCGCUAAACGAUUACAUUAAACCAUACAUCGAUAUAGAUGAGAGCACAAAUAUAGCAAACACGGACAUAUAUAUACGUGAUUUAGAACGUCAUAUCAACUCAAAUUGGCCGGAUUAUUUGCAAAUCUAUACUGAUGGCUCUAAAACAUUAGAGGGAACCGGAUGUGCCAUACAUAUCCCAAGAAUCCAUUACAGUAACAAAGUAAGACUUCCAAACUAUACAUCCAUAUUUUCGGCGGAACUUAUAGCGAUAUACACUGCCGUAAAAUAUGUGAAUGACAAUAAUAUUAACAAAUCUUUGAUACUAAGUGACAGCAAAUCAAGUCUAACAGCCAUAAAACACGCCAAUAAACAUUCAAACAUAAUAAUAUAUAAAAUUAUAGAAAUCAUAAAGAAAAUCAAUACUGAUGAUAAAUCCAUGAUUCUUCUUUGGAUAAAGGGUCAUUCUAAUAUAAAAGGCAAUGAGAUGGCAGACAGUCUAGCCAAAGAAGCAUGCACGAGCGGCGAUCAAUUUGCGAAAACUCCUGCGCUAGAUUUAAAACAUUUAAUAAAACAACAAGGUUUGGAACUAUGGCAGAAGUCUCACUCAGAAACAACAAAGUCAAAAGGAUCCACAUACGCACUAACGAGAGAGAUUGUAUCACCAAACACAUGGUUUAAAAAUAUAGAAGAAAGUCGAAAUUUUAUUACAGUAAUCUGCAGAUUGAGACUCGGACACUCCUACUGCAAAUCGCAUCUGAAGAGAAUUGGCAUCAUACAGGAUCCAAAGUGUGACUGUGGAAGCCUAGAAACACUCGACCAUUUAUUUUGGGAAUGCAGGCAUUAUCAGCAGGAAAGAUCGAAAUUAGUUAGGAAUUUGCAAAACGUUGUUCUAAUCUUGGGCACAGAUCUCAUUAACAGAAAGAAAACAGAAAAAUUACUAAAGAAUCUUCAUUAUGUUGAUCAGAAAUUGCCAAAAAAGCAUAACUAUGAGAUACUGAUGUUGACUAUGACUUUAGUGGGAUUUUUUAUAUUUUGCAGAGAACCUAGAAUUCAAGUCAAGUCUAUAUUUUCAAUAAGCAAUAUUGAAAGUUUUGCUGCAGAAUGA